CACGGGGUAUAUAUCGACUCAAGCGGGCAUCAAUACUGAAACCUACCCGGAACUAGGUAAAUGUGUACCCCGAGGCGGUGGCAUGUAUAUAAACGGGUAUCAUAGAAUUAAAAGGUCCGGAUAUAUGGUUCUGGGAGUGAAGCUUUGGUGGAGCUCGGGACUGGAGUUAAUUUUGCAAUUUUGUGUCGCCCCUGCGUUGUUGAUGCGCAUGAUCGACUGAUUACACUGUCGUCCAAGCAAGCAAUGGCUAAUUGGGGUUACUACUCAAGAGUGGGGAGCAAGCAUUCAAGCCCACAAUUUCUUUUCCUUUGUGUCUUCUUCGCAGUGUGCACAACUACAGCUUUGGGCAGAGGAGUACAAACAUGCAACAAAGGGGAGGAAGAAGCGUGCAAUGUGGACGAUUCUUCCUCAAAUUGGCUCUCCGAUGCUCGCAUGUGGAACCCUGGGCACAAAGCGUCACAAGUUUCUCGCAGCGUGCUCAACUCCUGGUGCAAUGACACAAUCCAAGACGCAGCAAGGCGUGUUCUGGAGCUUGAGGCUGAUAUGUCUGUGCUGAAGAGAGAAAUUCUUAGCUGCCAAGGGGCUCUAGUAGAGAAAGAAAAAGAAUGGAGGGAUGCAGAUUCGCAACUACGGCUUCAAUUUUUGGAGGAGAAGUUAGAGCUGCGGCGUUCAUGCGUGGAGAAAGAACUUUCGCUACGAGUAAAGCACAGUGCAGAGAGAAAUGCUGUGGCUGCGGACCUGGCGCAUUGUCAAGCCAUGCGUCAAGCGAUGAUUGGUGCAGAGGAGUGUACUUAUCAGAAACAAGCAGUGCUUGCCUUGUGCGAAGCGGAGCGAGAUUUCUAUGCAGCGAAGCUUGGUGUGCAGAAGGAAGAGCCAAUCAAUCAACACUCGGAAGAGAAAAUUCAGGUCGGUUCCUGUGAAUACUCACUCACUGAGCACCAAACUCGAGUGAGAUCGUUAGAGGAAAGACUUGGUAAUUGCAGAUUUGAAAGAGCUCAAGCUCACGCUGUUGUCGAGACUGGGCCCGAAGUGGAUGAUGCGCAAGUGGAUCAGCUAAGGCGGUUGGUCAGAAUAUUAUCUACAUUGCUGGUGUUAUCCGGCAUCCUAUGCCUUGGGCUUGCUGCAGCUCUUGGGGUUUGGGUUGUUUCAACCGUGAAGGGUGAGAGAGGUCAACAAAAUUCCAAGCUGAGUACAGCCAUGCUUGGUUCCUAUCCACAAGUAUUAAGUAGUGAAGAAGCUUAUAGAGUGCUUUCCACAUGGUUUGAGGAGAAUAGGAGUGAUCUUUCGAGUAUUCUCACAUGUCCGGACUCGAGCACUGCUGAUGGUACAAAUUGCAUGUUCAUGCUGGUGCCAUUGACUUUGGGUAGUUCUCGGAAGUUUGCCUUGUUCGGAGGUGGAGGAGAGUUCACGAGACAAGUGGAGGUUGCACAGGACCUCGCUGCUCAUCAACUGGAAAAGAGGCUCUUAAUUGUGCUGUAUGAAGCUGAAGGAUACGCUUUUACGAAAAAGUCACUUUCUAGCAUUGGGCUUUCGGCUGAGAAGCUCGCAUUCGAGGCUGUCCCAAAGGACCAAGACUUCCCUUCUGAUGAUGAUGUUCUUGUUUUGUGGAUAAGCGAGAGGCAUGGACUGCAAGUUAGUGAUAGCGGUGGUGAGUCAGAACUUUCAGAAGUUAUAACAAAACUACCUUGGGCUCAUUAUCUAGGAAUGAGAGCGAAGGUUUGAGAUGCUGCUGUAUAAAUUUACUCGUCGCCCUUAACUGGUUGUGAAGAAAUUCUUUGUGGCGAAGAGGUAGAGGACUUGGGUCAAAUCUGAGUACUGCACCCACCGGGAGAUAAUAUAACCUAAAACUUAUGCGUCUGACUACCGUUCUAUAUAUUUUCCAGGGUGAUUACGGCUCUUGUUACAGCUUUUGCAAAGUCAGGCAGUCCAACUUUUCAAGAUAGCUUCGAGGUUCACAGCAUUUGGAAUUUGGAUUUGCCACAAGAGGCAUUUUUGUGUGGACGGAGAGAAUUUUUUUUUUGUCUGCAAUAAAGUAGUUCCUUUCUCACUCAA